CGUCAUUUGAGCUGUCCAAUUCUGAGAGGACCUGUUACCCAAAGAAGCAUUACAUUACAGCAACCCGAGACCAUCGCCGAGGUCUAUUUGUUCUUCUGCUAUCCUUCACAACCAUGUGACGCCCUGAAACCCAGUUCUUCCUCUCUGAUCUCUGUCUGCAACUGUGCACACCAUUUUCAUUCUUUAUUAUUUGAUUAUUUCUUAAUAUCAAUUUUUUAUUCCAUUUUCACUUGGAAACAGAGCUCAACCACAUCAAAGAUUUGAACUUUUUCUCCAUUUCUUAAUUUUAUUUUUUGGUCCAAAAACGAAACGCCAACAAACCCACAUUUCAUCCGUCACUGUUCCUUCGUUUCCACUUCAUCACCAGACCAAGAACCGAAAGCCCUCCCGCAACCACUGAAAACCCUUUCGUUUUCUAAGAAUAUUUCACCAAAAGCUUGAAUCUUUUCUCGGUUUUUAAAUGAGAUGUUGGAGCAGAAGAUCAGAGCCCCGAAAAACAGAGGGUUCUAUGUCAGAAUGAAGCUCUUGCCCAGCAAACAUGGAAGAUCAUCAGUACCUCAAUUAGAGAAAAAAAGCUUCUUUUAUAGAAAUUGCAAAUGGGUUCUCUGGCUCUCCCUCUCUUUCUACUUCUUCAGCUCCUAUCUCAUCAGCAACCACCCCAAUCAGAACAACAACAAACAACCCACCUCCCUCUCCAAAACCCAUUUCUCAAGCUUAGCCUCUCGUGCCCUCUUCGAAUCCACCACCAAUAACAUCACACAGAAACAAGGCUUGCCCUUCAACGACUUGAAGAUUUUCGUAUACGAUUUGCCAGCGAAAUACAACACGGAUUGGCUAAAAAACGAGAGAUGCAGCACCCACUUGUUUGCUUCCGAGGUCGCCAUUCACAGGGCGCUUUUGACAAGCGAAUAUUUGACCGUUGACCCAUACGAAGCGGAUUUCUUCUUCGUCCCUGUCUACGUCUCCUGCAACUUCAGCACCGUCAAUGGCUUCCCGGCAAUAGGCCACGCUCGUUCUCUCAUAGCCUCCGCCAUUAACUUAAUAUCCACCCAACACCCAUUUUGGGAUCGGUCCCACGGCUCCGACCACGUCUUCGUCGCUUCCCAUGACUUCGGUUCUUGCUUCCACACCAUGGAGGAUGUGGCGAUAUCGGAUGGGAUACCGGGGUUCUUAAAGAACUCCAUCGUGUUACAGACGUUCGGUGUGAAACAGAAACACCCAUGUCAAGAGGUUGAGAAUGUGGUCAUUCCGCCGUACGUUUCGCCGGAAAGUGUAUUGAGGACGCUGGAGAAAUCUCCGGUCAUCGGCCGGCGAGACAUCUUCGCUUUCUUACGGGGCAAGAUGGAGGUCCACCCAAAAAACAUCAGCGGCCGUUUCUACAGCAAGCGGGUGAGGACAAUGCUGUGGCGGAAGUACAACGGUGACCGGAGGUUCUUCCUGCAGAGGCAUCGGUUCGCCGGUUACCAGUCGGAGAUCGUGCGGUCGGUGUUUUGCCUCUGCCCCUUGGGGUGGGCCCCGUGGAGCCCUAGACUGGUUGAAUCGGUCGCGCUGGGCUGCGUGCCGGUGAUCAUAGCGGACGGGAUCAGGUUGCCGUUCGACGACGUCGUUCCGUGGGCGGAGAUAUCGGUAAACGUGGCGGAGAAAGACGUGGGUAAGCUGGCGGAGAUACUCGAACACGUGGCGGCGACCAACUUGAGCGCAAUUCAAAAGAACCUGUGGGACCCGCGCGUUCCGCGGGCCCUGAUGUUCAACGAUCGGGUCCAUGAAGGCGACGCCACGUGGCGGGUUCUUUCCGCUCUGGCGAACAAGCGGGCCAGGUCGUACAGAAGGUCGAGAGUUUCGAGCCAAUAGGACGCCGACCGCGUGGACAAGUGGGGAAUUUGGGGAAGGAGAAAUGGUGUGCCAGCCAAUGGGUGCGCAUCGCGUUUGCUGCACUGUAUAGUUGACGACAGCUAGAUUUUUUUGUGGUACGUGCUUGGUGGGACCCGCAUCUCUGAAAUGGCGAGGUCUCAGUGGCUGUUUGUGCGGUUGGCAGUAAAUGUGAUCAAUACUCUUUGUACAUGUAAACCUGAAACAAAUACUGUAAAGUCAAAAAAAUUCCUACAGAAAAAAAGUAAGGAAAUCCCAUUAUAUUCUAACCCUACUUUUUUUUGUUUUUUUGUUUCUUUUCCAAAUCUCGUGAGAUCUGUGUAUAGUUUUGAAUAUUCUAAAAAUAUGACCCAAUAAUUUUUAUACCAAUAUUUUCACUUUUUGUUAUUUUAUAAAUA